GUCCAUUUUCUUCUCCUUUUCCUUUUGAUUUUUGGGGUUGGUGUGAAGAUGUAUAAGAACCAGCUGCAGGAGCUGGCGCAGCGUAGCUGCUUCAAUCUGCCGUCCUACACUUGCAUCAGGGAAGGUCCCGAUCACGCGCCACGGUUCAAGGCCUCCGUUAACUUUAACGGCGAGACAUACGAGAGCCCUAGCUACUGCUCCACCCUCCGCCAGGCGGAACACUCUGCAGCUGAAGUGGCACUCAAUGCGCUAUCCAGCGGUGGACCUACCAGCUCCCUCGCCGCUAGAAUUCUGGCAAGUCCAUUUUGUUUUGAUUUACACGGACUCCGUGGAGUGGGUCUGGAUGACGCUAUGCGUCCGUUACAAAUACAGGAUGAAACCGGCGUGUAUAAGAAUCUCUUGCAGGAGGUCUCUCAAAGAGUUGGGGGAUGCAUGCCUUCUUAUACAACUUUCAGAUCUGGUCAAGGCCACCUUCCCGUUUUCACCUGUACGGUGGAGUUGGUGGGCGUUCUAUUUACUGGUGAUCCAGCUAAGAACAAGAAGCAAGCAGAGAAGAAUGCGGCCAUGCAGUCAGAGACUCCAUGGGAGAAGAACCACAAGGAUGAGCAGGAGCACGUGACAGUAGCUCGGGCCCUUCAAAAGUACCUGAUAAAGGCCAGGCUGGCAAGAUGCCCCUUCCCGAUAAAAUUCCCGACUGUAAGCCCGAGGCCAUCGAGCAGCACACACCAUUCCUCCUCCUCAACCUCGAAAAUACUUCCCUUAAUCUGCCCCAAAAUGGCCAACCGCAGCAGGCCAGCAACGAGCAAAAACGGCCCAUCAUUCCAAAAGAAUGCCAACACAACCCAAGCCCAGCCUGUAAUCACGACACCACCCACAAACGAGAGCUGCUUGUCUUCGGCUGAAAACUUUAAGCUUUGGUCUGCCCAGAAAUUCCCUGCAGCAAGUGCACCACCGUACAUUCCUGUCAGGCACAGUAAUCCGCAUGGCAGAGUUGCCCCGCAUGUGACUGUACGGAACAUGGUUCCUGUUUUCUCUGCCCCACCACCGGUGAUGAGGCCUCCGGCCAUUGGGGUUGCGCCACCUGUCUCCAUAAGACAGGCUGUCCCUGUAUAUGCUGCUCCAGUUUGCAAGAAGGAGGUACCCCACGAUUCUCAGGCAUCGAGGCUGCUGACAGCUAAGGCGGAAGGGAUUUCAUUUGCUAGAGCUGGUCCAGUGCCAAAUUCUGAAGUUCCAGCAGGUCAAGUCAGCAGGCUGCCUUCAUCUGAAGCUAUCACUGUUCCGGCCGAGCCAGCUGCUAAGGUUAGUGGUCCACCUGUCAGCUCGAGAGUAGCUGCUGACAAGACUAGGAUUGCAGUGCAGGAAAAGCUGCAGGAGUCCAAGGAGAUUGAAGAUUUGAAAUAUUUGAAGAUAUGAAAGAGCUUUGAAUUGCAUAAAAUUACAGUUGAUCUUCUAUCACCAUGACCUAUGUUGGUCGUGGCUAUAUUUUCGUUUAGCUAAAUUAUGUUCCUUGUAGUGGAUAAAUUAUUUCUCUUUGGAAAGUUCAAAAAAUGUUCUGCCGUACGUGUGCCUUUUGAAUGACCCCAAGAAAUCGAGUGGGUCGAAAUUCAAAGCGGAGUAUAUAUGGUAUUGAGUGGUAUGCUUAUAUGCUUUUUUCCAGAUUAUGAGACUAUCCGAUUGUAUUAGAUUUGGGCAUCUCUUUAAGGUUUCAAACUAACACGGGGAAAAGAGUAUCACCGACUUAUAAGUGUGUUUAUUAGUGGCAAUUGAGAUCUGACCACAUAAUUGCAUCACAUUAGAUCAUGGCUUGCUGCAGUGGCCAUGGGUUGUGAUUUGUGAGAAAUAUCAACAAAUGGCUACUUUUUCUUGGGUAUAUAUGACCAAAUAUUUGGGUGAGCGGUUAUAAUUGAUAGGUGGAUCGAUUGUUAUAUUAUGUGA